CGGAGGACGAGCGUGCUCUGUGUACGGGCUCGCGAAUUCCGCAUUCGACCGUGGACCGUCUGAGAGCGCGCUUUGUAUCAAACGCACAGACUAUACACAACCUACACCAACAUAGACCGUGUUGGAGCACGCGGGAAAUAUAUACCAAUAUGAUAGGUGAAGAGGAACGUGAACACCAAUGCAAGGAGUGUGGCCUGAGGCUAUCCACACGCAGCGCCCUGACCGCCCACACGCGCUCACACCGGGCCGCCGCCGACGCCCAUCGCUGUGAUGUCUGUCACAAAACAUUCGCCGUCCCGGCGAGGCUGGUCCGCCACUACCGGACACACACCGGCGAGAGACCGUUCGAAUGCGAAUACUGUCACAAGAUGUUCAGCGUGAAAGAGAACCUGCAGGUGCACAGGCGGAUACACACCAAGGAGCGGCCCUACCGCUGCGGAGUCUGCGGGGCCGCCUUCGAGCACUCCGGCAAGCUGCAUCGCCACGCCAGGAUCCACACGGGCGAAAGGCCACACGCCUGCCCCCACUGCCACAAGACCUUCAUACAGUCGGGACAGUUGGUGAUCCACCUCCGCACGCACACCGGCGAGAAACCCUACAGGUGUCCGGCGCCCGGCUGCGGGAAGGGCUUCACGUGCUCCAAACAGCUGAAGGUGCACUCUCGCACGCACACCGGAGAGAGGCCCUACACCUGUGAAAUAUGCCUGCGAGAUUUCGGCUACAACCACGUGUUGAAACUGCAUCGCUUCCAGCACUUUGGCGAGAGAUGCUACCGCUGCACGGUCUGCGACGGGACGUUCAACACUAAGAAGCAGAUGGAGGCUCACAUCUACAAGGAGCACGGGGCCGAGAGCCCCAAGGCCCCGGCGCCGGCAUCGGAUUACGCGGUGCCUUUAGUAGUGAAUGGCAACGUCAUGUGCGAUAUCGUGGAAGCCGCCUUACAGCAGCUUCCUCCUACGCCGCCCAGUUCGCCGCCCUCCCCGCCGUGCUCGCUGCCAGUGCCGGGGUCAUUGCAGGCCCCGUGUAUACCCUCACCCGCCUCGCUCACCCCCUCCCCCUCCCCCACGGAGAGCUCCCCCACGACGGUCAUGACCCUAGCGCCGUCGUCGCUGCCACCCAGAAAACGAAAGCUCGUCCCUCACGUGGAGCCGGUGCACACGGAGCCGGCGGUCCGCCACACGUCCGUCAUACAAUUCGCGCCGGCCUCUAGCGUUUCAUAGUAGCGUAUGUUUCACAGUAAUUAAUAUUAAAUUAGUUUCCUAAGGCUAUUUUUCUUGAAGGCUGUUAGUUGACUCCGCGCCCUGCGGCCGGGGCUCGGUGGCUCGGUGCGGGGGCUCGGUGGCUCGGUAGCGUGGUAGCGUGGUAGCGUACAUUCUGUUUAUAAGUCUACAUGACCUACAUUUGAAUUAUGUUGUAUGCCGCGAUGACGUAUUGUUUAAUCUUACAAAAAGACUAAUUAGAUGUGUAAUUGUAUUUGUCCUAUCAUUAUUAGUAGAGUAAGUUUUGUAUUUAUCUACUAUGUGUUAGUACGUUGAAGUAAACAUUAAGUAAAUAAUUAAUUGUUAUUUUAUUAAAAUUAAUUUAGUAAAUUAUUCGUUGGUUGUAAGUCGUGGAAGUGAAUCGCAUUCGCCGAUAUUCGCGUGUCGUGUUCACUGUUGUCAUUUCUUUUUAAAAUAUUUGCCUUAAUUAAUGAUAUAAGUAAAUUAAAUAUUUGAAUUUUUUUUUAAUUCAUCACUUCAAUGUGAAGACUAUAGACGCUUCGAACAACGCAUUUUUUACUACGCUUUGAUAUGUCAUUGCAAUAGGUUUUCUAUAUUAAGGAUAGCAUUUUUUUUUUUUAAUUUAAAUAUCUUCGUUUCGAAAUAUUAUGUAUUAAAUUUUAUAAUAGCCAGCUACAUAUUAUACAUUCUUAAUUGCAACUGUCGUGUAUUGAAUAGGUUUGAAAUAAAGAAUCUUGCAACUA